AUGGACUCUGGUAUUAAAAAAAUAGAUAUAGAGGUUGAAACAAGCCCUGAGACAGUUCUCAGUUCUAAAAAUAAACCGAAAAAACUCACCAGCCGUAAGGAAGAGGAUGAAGAAGAAGAGGAAGAGGAAGAAGAAGAAGAUAAGAUUAUCGAGAAGUCUCACAACGGUCGAUUUCAAAAAAGAAAUAAAAGAUUUCCAAAGCAGAUAGCUGGUGUAGACAAUGCGUUUGUAGCAAUAGAACCGAAGUCCGGCAAAGAAGUAAUAUGGAAUGAAAGCAUACUUCCGGAAAAGAAAACCGACAAAGAGAUUGCCGUUUGGACACCGGCAGAUGAUUCACUUCCUCUCCAUGGAUAUGAGAAGGUGCAGAGGAUGCUCUCAAAAAUUGAAAACGAGGAACAACUGACUGCAAUGACUAAUGAUGACGCCACUGCUCCUGAUCACCCCGCAUUCGCCAUCUUAUUGAAGGAUUACUUUAGUCACUUGGAAGAUGAGACUGUCAUCGUAGAUGUUCAUUACAAGCACGAUGAUUUGACCAAUUCUCGAUCUUGGAAAGAUUUUCGUUCAAAUUUUACUUUGACUCCUAAAUAUCUGGAAGACGUUAAGUGA